UCGAUACUGGCGCUGUUCGAUUGUUUUGGACUCCAAACAAGAUGGCCGCGGACUGUCAACCGUGAUAAUUCUCACACACUUGUUGUUUUCUGAUGGUUUUAGCUCAUAUUUGACAGUUCCCGGCAGAAAGAAAAUGGGUUUAUCACAGAGCUCGGAAGUGUCCGAAGGAGGGACGUAUGGAUACCACGUGCACGGAGUGCAGCCUGGUUCUCCAGCAGAAGCGGCCGGCCUGCAGCCUUUCUUUGACUUCAUACUGUCUCUGGACAACAAAAGACUUAAUGAGGAGAACGACCUGCUGAAGGAGCUCCUGAAAUCCAACAUGGAGAGAGCAGUGAAGUUGGAGGUGUACAGCACUAAAACCUCCAGGGUUCGUGAGCUUGACGUGGUGCCCAGUAACAUGUGGGGAGGUCAGGGCCUGCUCGGUGCCAGUGUUCGCUUCUGCAGCUAUCAAGGAGCCAAUGAGAAUGUCUGGCACGUUCUGGAUGUUGAAGCCAGUUCGCCUGCUGCCCUUGCAGGGCUUCAGCCACACAGUGACUACAUCGUUGGAGCAGAUCAGGUGUUGCAAGAUUCAGAAGACUUCUUUUCGCUGAUUGAGGCUCAUGAGGGGAAGCCACUGAAGCUGCUGGUGUACAACACUCAAACAGAUGCCUGCAGGGAAGUGGUGGUCACACCAAAUGGAGCGUGGGGCGGAGAGGGCAGUUUGGGCUGUGGCAUUGGUUAUGGCUACUUGCACCGCAUCCCAGCAUACAUCCCAUCCCAACCUGACACAUCCCCGGAAAGGAUUCCCACUCCUGUUCCUGAGGAGGAACCGUCUCCGAAGCUGCCUACCCACGGCUUCACAGAGGCACCUUUGAUGGCUCCUUCAAGCCAAAGUGAAGAUGUGUUAGAUCUGGAUCAGGUCACGCUCCAGGAAGCUCCUCUACCUCCACCCAUCCAGAGAGUCAUGGACCCCGGUUUCUCAGACUCUGAAGUGGCAGUUUUGACACCUGACGCUGCAGAUUUGUUGGACAGACUGGAUCUGUCCAUGUCGUCCAUUGACAUGACCAACACUUCACUGACUAUGCAUGAGGAGAAGGAUGGCGAUGUCUCUGGUGUUGAGGAGCUGGAGGACAGCGUCCUUUCAUCGUCAGCAGACAACGAGACGGACCCGCAAGAGCUGAGCUCCCAGGCAGCCAUGGACCUCACAUCUGCUCUCGCUUCCCUUGAUGCCUUGUCAGGCAUCCCACCAGCUGAACCAUCUCACCUGCUCACAAAGUCCCCAGACCUAUCUGUCUCCAUCUCUGAGCUUAGCAAUAGCCCAAGUCCACCUAUGGACGCAUCGUCUCUCCCUGUAGAGUACCCUGACCCUCCUGCUGAACCCUCUGUCUCAACCGAAGACCCUCCCUGCCCAUCUCCUGUCGAUCUCCUCCAAUCCUCUGCUGUUAAUGAGUUGAUACCAGACGAUUCUUUUGCUCAGGCCGUCGAGGAUCCAACAGGGCCAGUGGAGGAGUCCACAGAGCCUCUAGAUGCGGCUCCUGCUCACCACUGCAGCCACGAGAGUGAUGAGGAGCUACCAGAAGAGCUGUCUCUUGAGUAAGCUUGCAUCAGGCCAUACACAAAGUACAAAACUGGGAGGUGAAGUUGACAAUCACUGGGGCUUUUUUUUUUAAAGAAACACUAUAGAGAUAAAUGUAGGCCAGAAUGAGGGGAAGGCUGCCUGAUUUGAGUCUGGCAUGUUACUUACACUAAAGAAACCAGCUAAAGCAUUAUCAUAGAAGAACACUGAGGGAGUAUAGGAACAUCUUAUUUGUUUUAUAUGUGAGAAUUUAACGUUACUGCUCAUUUGUACGCCAAGAAGGUUAGAAUGUGAACCAUGUUUCCUUGUUUGGUGCAAAAUUAUGAUCUACGGUUGACAAGACUUCUGGUGCGCAUAUGUGAUGAAUACUUGAACACUUCCAAAGAUAAACACAUACAUUUACUAGAGCAGAGCACAGCUGCACCUUAAUAUCCAAACACUAUCAAAGUCUUUAAAGCUACCAGACCGUUUGCAUCAAAGUUUUAUUAUACAGCUUUUAAAAUGACAAUAUAAAAAGUCUACAGUAGUUUGUAGCCAUGUUUUGGAUUUUAAAAUGUUUCCGAUGUGGUAUUAGAAAAAAACAUUUGUUCACCUGUACCGUAUAAAACCAGUCAGUGCACGUUUUUAUAGCAGAUUUGAUGAGGUCAGUAUGUUUAAAACACUGUCUUUGAUUAGAUCAGUCAUACGUUGUAUGGUCUGUUUAAAAAGAAUUUGUACCGUUUGUAUUGUUUGAAUUAUGUCCCCAUAUCCACUUCAACAAGAUUCUUACCUUGUAAUUUUUGUGAUCUAUGCAACAGUAGACAAGUACAGCCUGUGACCUGACAGGUGAUGUGUAAAUCCAGUAGACGACAGACCUUUCAUAUAGAGUAUGUAAGACGUCUGGUAGUGAUGCUGCUGUUGAGAAAUUGUUUUGUUAGGGGGCUUUUUAAUGUUUUUCACAGUCAAAGUAGUUGCUAGUGUGUAAAAUAAGGAAAAGUAUUUUUGCAAAUAUUUUAUGAAUUAAUUGUAUGUUUUAUUAGGAAUGGGUGCAGUCGUUUCAUGAAUGUGAAAUGGGCAAAUCUUUGAUGGUUAAACAAUCAUAUCACUUGA